GAGGCCCGGGCCUUGCGCGGGGCUGGGGGGGCGGGGAGCUACGCGGAGAAGGAGCCGGUGAUCCUCGUCCUGUGCCUGCCACCGCCAUGGGCUCCUCGCAGAGCGUCGAGAUCCCCGGCGGAGGCACCGAAGGCUACCACGUCCUAAGGGUACAAGAAAAUUCACCAGGGCAUAGAGCUGGACUAGAGCCCUUCUUUGAUUUUAUUGUUUCUAUCAACGGUUCAAGAUUAAAUAAAGACAAUGAUACUCUCAAAGAUCUGCUAAAAGCCAAUGUUGAAAAGCCUGUAAAAAUGCUUGUCUAUAGUAGCAAAACACUGGAACUAAGAGAAACAUCAGUCACCCCCAGUAACAUGUGGGGUGGUCAAGGUUUACUUGGAGUGAGCAUUCGUUUCUGCAGCUUUGAUGGGGCUAAUGAAAAUGUCUGGCAUGUAUUGGAAGUGGAGUCAAAUUCUCCUGCAGCAUUGGCUGGUCUUAGACCUUAUAGUGAUUAUAUCAUUGGAGCAGAUACUGUUAUGAAUGAGUCUGAAGAUCUGUUCAGCCUUAUUGAAACACAUGAAGCAAAACCAUUAAAACUUUAUGUGUACAACACAGACACUGAUAACUGUCGAGAAGUGAUUAUUACACCAAAUUCUGCAUGGGGUGGAGAAGGCAGCCUAGGAUGUGGCAUAGGAUAUGGCUAUUUACAUCGAAUACCUACACGACCAUUUGAAGAAGGGAAGAAAAUUUCUCUUCCAGGACAGAUGACUAAUACCCCUGUGACUCCCCUUAAAGAUGGUUUUACAGAGGUCCAGUUAUCAUCAGUGAAUCCUUCACCUAUAUCACCACCUGGAACCACAGUUAUCGAACAAGGUCUGUCAGGGCUUUCUAUUAGCUCAACCCCUUCAACUGUCAGCAAUGUUCUCAGUACAGGUGUACCAACAGUACCAUUAUUGCCACCAAAAGUCAACCAAACCAUCGGUUCGGUGCCACCAGUCAAUCCAGCAGCUACGUUACCAGGUCUGGUGCCUUUGCCAGCAGGAUUGCCCAACCUAACAAAUCUCUCCAAUCUCAACCUGCCGGCACCCCAGUUAAUUCCAGGAGCAGGGUUACCAGAAGUUAUGCACCCUGGUUUGCCACCUCUUUCUUCCUUGCCUCCCUUAAACCUGUCUGGAAUAACACCGCUGUCCAUGCCAUCAGAAUUUCUCCCCUCGUUCCCUUUGGUCCCAGAGGUUUCUUCUGCAACACCUGAGCUGCUGUCCUCCCUUCCUCCAGUAGUGAGCCUACCUUCCGAUCCAGCUUCUGCUGCAAGAGCAGAACAGACCUCUUCACUCCCCUCAGAUGUUCCUCCCCCCACUUCAAAGGCUGCAGCUGCUGUUGAAGACAUAGCAAAUGAGCCCAUCCCGACCAGUGAAAAGCCAGUUUCUACCGUAACAGAUACAAGUGUUUCAGAGUCACCUUAACUUGAAACCUUUCCUUGGGAUUGGCUUGGUAUAUUUAUUUAGCCACAGGAGCGUGUUUGGAAAUGCAAACUAUCAUUAAUUUCAUAUUAGUUUGUACUGUAUCUGUAGGAGUCCUGUAAAUAAUUCUAAGGGUAAAGAUUAAAAAGAAGAUAUAGGCUUUCUAAACUGCAAAGUUGGGGUGGGGGGCAAGGUUCACCAGAAAGUGCUUGUAUUUUAAGGGUAACACAGGCUCCCACUGCCACCCUUGGAGAGGCUAGGACUAUAGCCUGUUGGACCUUCUGCCAGCUCCUUCUGUAAGAAAAUGGAACCUUUUAUGCAUAAUCUUUACCUGCAAUGUUUCUUGUACUUUGUAAACAGUUUGCAGGAAUGCAAACCAUCUCACACACAUUGGGGGGGGAGAGGUUCUACUUUUGAUCUUUGUGAGUCACAUCUAUUUUAACAUUUGCAAAAGAUCUUCCAACUAAAGAUGUUUGUUAAAGUUACAGAACGUGCACUGUUAAUUGAGCAUAUUUUUAUUCAGCCUAUACACAGAUCUUUGUUUUGAGCUCGUAAAAUUACUCCACAUUUUGUAACUGCAGCUGUGUUGCUUGAUGAGUUUGCUGUAAAAUGGCAUUUGAAAGGAGAUGUUGUAUAGUUUUAAACCAGAAGGUGGCACUUUGUGGCUACUUGUAAAAUAAUAGCUAUACUGGGAAAACAUAGAUACAGCAGCAAUAAAUUACUGUAAUUUUA